AUGGACAUUGCAGUUAAUCCCAAAAAAGAGGGAGACGAGGGAGAAGAGAGAGAGUCCGAUAUAGUGGGUCAUCUUGUGGUCCAAAGUGCCAGUCAGGGGGUCGUCCCAAUCACGCUGACCAGGCCCUGGUGGUCGUUGCGUGGAGGCAGCAGCAGCAGCGGAGGUGGUGGUGGUAGUGGUGGGCUGGGAACAGUGGCAGGCCUAGGUGUGGGGGCAUGGCCGUGGGGGGGCCGCAUCCCGUCCUCCACCCUGCAACGGGACAGGCGCUGGGGCUGGGGCUCCUGGGGCGGGGGCGCAUCCAGGGGAGCUCCCAGACUCUCCGAGCUCAGGCCCUGGCUGAGCGGAGGGACGGCCGGGGUCGCAGGAGGUGGAGGUAGCACUGGGGUAGGAGGAGUGGCGGAGAAAGGAGGCAGGGGGAGAUGUUCCCGCAGGGUCUGGGUUCUCCUCGGCUCGCUGGUUCUCGUCUUUCUCACCUCGCUCUUCUUCUCCAUCUCGCUCCGUGGGGGCGUCAGCUUCAACUACCUCGAGCCGCCUGGGUGGGAGGAGUCGAGGCGGGUGAAGCUAGUGCCCAGCUACGUGGGCGCACACAGGCUGUCACCACCCGACACCCCGCAGCAGAGGACAUGUGCCUGCCCACGCUGUGUCGGAGACCCCGGCACCUCUGAUUGGUUUGAUGAAAACUACGAACCGGACAUCUCGCCUGUUUGGACCAGAGACAACAUCCAGCUGCCCUCUGAUGUCUACUACUGGUGGGUGAUGUUACAGCCCCAGUUUAAACCCCACAGCAUCAAGCAGGUGCUGCUGAGGUUGUUCCAGGUGAUUCCAGGAAGGUCGCCGUACGGCUCUUGGGAUCCAGGCCGCUGCCUGCGCUGCGCCGUGGUGGGGAACUCAGGAAACCUCCGCGGGGCCGGAUAUGGGGAGACCAUAGACGGGCACAACUACAUCAUGAGGAUAAACCUGGCCCCCACGGUUGGCUAUGAAGUAGACGCCGGCAGCCAUACCACUCACCACUUCAUGUACCCGGAGAGCGCCAAGAACCUGGCAGCCAACGUCAGCUUCGUCCUGGUUCCCUUCAAAACGCUGGAUCUUGUCUGGAUCACCAGUGCUCUGUCCACUGGCCAGAUUCGAUUUACCUACGCUCCAGUGAAGCAGUUCCUCCGCGUAGAUAAAGACAAGGUCCAGAUCUUCAACCCAGCAUUCUUUAAAUACAUCCACGACCGUUGGACCAGACAUAACGGGCGCUACCCCUCCACUGGCAUGCUAGUGCUGUUCUUUGCCCUACAUGUCUGUGAUGAGGUUAAUGUGUUUGGUUUCGGGGCGGACAGCCGGGGAAACUGGCACCACUACUGGGAGCAGAACCGCUACUCCGGAGAGUUCAGGAAGACCGGCGUCCACGACGCUGACUACGAAGCCCAGAUCAUCCAACGGCUGGCCAAGGCUGGCAAAAUCACUGUAUUCCCUGGGAAAUAACCGGCAAACCACCCUGUGUAUCUAAUGUUCCAGAAGGCUGCUUACAAUGUGUUAAUAAUCGUUUUCACUUAGCUGCACCAGUUUGGGUUCUCAGUUGAAUUAAACCAAACGCUUACAGAAGGUGAGACGAAAUGGACAUAAAAUGGUACCAAAAAAUUAUAUUCCGUUCACUUCCCCUCAUAUUUGGGAGGUUGUUGACAGCUGAUAACUGGGAACGGGGGACAUGUAGAUCCAAAUGUAGUUCUGUUGACUUAGGACUCACUUAAAAGUGGGAGUAGACCCUUCAAUUUGACAAUAAAGUAAUGAGCUAGUUUUCAAGGUUUUACCUCUAAGCCAGCGCAACCACACAUAUCUUUCUGAGGGCAGCUUCAACUCAGGAGUGAAAAACAAGUGAGGGCCGGGCAGCAGGAACAGUCACCCAGUGACACAUCUGGACUCAAUCCAGUGGAAAUGUUCACCUUGGAUGAAUGUCUAAUCCUCAAACAAAAAUACAGUACGCCAUGUACUGAAAAGGCCACAGAAAGAGCAGCGCAGGCAUCUAGGAGACUAUUGUUCUACAGCCAUGUGGUGUCUGACGGCAACAAAGUGUGUUAAAAACAUACCCUUCUUCAUGAGAUUGCCACUACGGACACAGACUGUGGAGCUUUCAUAAGCCAGUGUGCUGUUCAACAUUUUGAGACGGGAUGAGUCAUUUUCCCUGUCUUACAGAACCCUGGGCCACCUCCUGGAGAAAGAAUUGUUCUUUUCAGAUCCUAUACGAGGCCUCACUUGCCACUUUUCACUGUCAUAACUCCCCUUUAUGUGAGUUCUGCCUCACAAGACAGUCUUACGAGUACCUUGUCCUAUCUAUGAUGGGUUGUAAAAUGGCUGGAUAUGAGACGAUAGGUGAUUGCUAUGAGUUUAUAUGGUAUGACUGCCCUCUAUAACCCCCCCUGGUCCUUACCAGGCAGGCUUAGCAAGGCCUUGACACUUUGCAGCAGACUCCAAGAAACACAGUUCUGCCUUUUGGCCAUUGUGACUCAGAAAGAUCACUGCAGCACUAGCAUGAACUGCAGCUUCUGUAGCGCCAGCUAGUCUGGUUUUGAACACCAGGCCCUGCUACAGUCUUUAUACACAUCCAGACACAGGGACAAGUGUUCUGGGAGAGCGUUGGUUUGACUGCUUGAGACUCUAAUGAGGCCAAAAGUCCAUCUCCGGGGAUUUCAUGUUUGGAUGGAGGCAUGCUGGUUUCUGGACCGGAGUUUAAUCCCCAUGUGGUCUGUCAGGAUCUAAUUUGAGUGGGGAGGACUGAAGAGCUGGGGCAUGAAGACCCAGUCUGACAAAGCCAGCAUGAGAAACACAUAAUUUGCUCUAGUGUUUUUAAGGAUGUAAGGAAGGUUCGCUGCUGUUUAUGUGCAGUAAACUCCCCAACUACACAAACUGUACUGGGUUCACCACUUUGAAUUUUCAAAGGACUUAUUUUCCCUUUCACAGACCUGAAACUCCAACCUGGCUCGUGUUUCCCAGUGGACUUAGAGACUUCCAGGAUCAUUUUGCCCCAGAUUAAAGCCCAUAUGAUGGGGUGAAAGAAAACCCCACUGGAUCUGGGAAUUCUUUAACCUGUCAGCAUCUUAGCUUCAUUAACCACUAGCCCUAGUCCCUGCUCAGACAAUUAAAACUGGUGGAGCCACCAGACGCCUUAGACUUCACCUCCGUACCACAGAACCAUUCUGAUAUUCACGAUGAUGGCAUAUCUCCCUGCAGACUGCAGAUUUUUAUUUGUUAGCUUUAUGUACUGUUCAGAUUUGUUGGGCAGGAUUUAUACUAUUGGCUCAGAAUAGAUUCUCUUUUCCACCCAGGUGGCACAUUAACGUUUUUUUUACUGUGAUGUGGUAUCAUCAAAUAAUACCCAUUUACACAUUUAUAGCCUCCAAACAAAUAUCAGUCAUGGGAGUGCUGCAGACAGUAUUGAAAACAGAAACAUCAGUGGAAACAUAAAAUGUGUACCACAGAGAGGAAGGAAAAUAUAAGUAUUUGGUUUGAGCUGAGGCUGUAAAUCCAUCCAAAGAUGUGUUUAUCAAGAAGCAGCUGGUGGCUGAUAUGUAAGAGUGUUCAGCGUUCCUAUGCAGGUCCGGAAAAUAGGGAGGAGUAGUAGCUGAAUAAGUCUUUCAAGGUGCUAAAUUGUAUUUUUACUGCCCCUUGACACCAAACUAAUGUAGGUAUGCAGGGGUUUGAAUGAUCAUUGAUCAGCUGAGAGCUUAACUCCCUUUCCAGACUGUACUCUCUUUAGGAACAAAUUAGGAUUGAUGUCAGAUGCAGGCUACUUUAAGUGAUAGAAGUCAAAAAUAGACAAAGAUUACUCAAAGCCCCUGAAAACUUGGAAAAAGUACAAUAAUAUUAAAUAUUCAAAUAAGCGACAUUCAAUGUGUAAGGUACCAUGUGGACCACUAGUAGCGCUAUAUGGAGUUUUUAUGUGUGCGUACAUCAGAACAAGGAAUCACAUGCAAUCACGCAUACUCAUUCCUGCCUGUGAUUUCACACUAUUUCACAGAUUUACAGGUGGCAGUAACGUGACAAGAAAUUCAGCAAUGCUAACGCAAGGCUAUAAGGUGAGGUAAAAAAAAAAAAAUCCAAAAUGGUCAGAAAGAAUUUUAAUUAUCUAAAUCUGUGAACUGGGGCCAGCCGCUGCAGCAGAUGGUAUUUUCAUAUGAAAUAACACCUGUCUGUGUGUGUGUGUGUGUGUGAGAACAGAGCAUGUUGUUGCACAUCUCUAUGAGUCCGUUGUUAAAACUUAAGGGAUUUAACCACAUGACAUUGUGAAGCGAAGCUUUUCAAUUUUUUCAUGUAGUUUAACUAUUUCUCUUGCUGAGAAAGUACGCACAAAAUGAGGAGUGUUGGGGUGUUAUAGUGCUCCACAGUGAAGAACUGUGCCUCCUAUGCUGAUAUCAGUUCUGUUGGUAUAUUCUUAUAUUAUCUAUGGAUGAUAUUGUGUAAACACAUGCGACUCUCAUGUAUUGCCGUUGUUCUUUAUCAGCUUUCAGUGUUUUUAUCCUACUUUGCAUUAGACAGGUUUUAUAGGACACUUCUGGUGUUGAGCUUGGCUCAUUUUAAGAGGCAGUGCGAGCAAUUCUGGACAUAUUGUUUGUUUCUGUGUGUCUCUCUCUCUCUGUCACACACUCACGCACACACAUUCAUGCUUUCGUGCCUUGUCCUGCUGCUGGAUGUCACUCACCUACAUCUUUUUAGUGUUUCUCACACACACCCACACACACACACACACACACACACACACACACACACACACACACACACACACACACACCUUCUGGCUGAGAGCUGUGCCUUCUGAGCUGUGUAUAUAUACACACACACACACACACACACACACACACACACACACACACACACACAUACACCUACAUGAAAAAACGCACUCUGCCUUCUGCAACUGUUUUGUACACUGACAUUGUUUUUGAGCACUCGCUGUAGGCUAAAGGAGAGGAUAGUGAUGCAGUGAGACUUGCCGUGAAUGCAUAUUAGGCCAUUUGUUACAUUUUUAUUUUUAUUUUUUUAACAUAUAGUGCAUACUUUUGAGGCAUUUCUGCUUUUCUAGAUAACAUUUAGUGUAGAAUGGCAGGACAGAUGGCAGACAGAGAGGGUCAUCCGCUGGUUUUAAGCCCACAGAGUUGCAGGUACCUGUCCUAUCUUUCUGUAUCUGUUUUGAACUACACAGCGACUGCAGAAUAGCAAGUGGCAACGAUGACACAGCGUCUAAAGGUUCAGGCAUAUCAGUGAACUGCCGCUUCAGUGUUUUCUUUCAUCUACUGUGGUCCUGUGUUAUCGAUGUUUGUUUCCCGGGAUGCUCCCUCCAACUUCAAAAUGAAAGUGUAAAUUGUUGUGGAGAUAACACGGCUUUCAUCACAACAUUUCUGGCCUCUCUGGAGGGAGAAGAACACAUUCCUAUCACAUUCUUGCAGCCUGCAGUGGGUAGUAAAGUCAUAAUGGUCCACUAUGCCCCCAAACAAGGCGAGGGCCCUAUAUAGCAUGGAAACUGUUAUCAGCUGCCUCACUUUCUCACAGUUGUAGACCAGAGCCUUGUGAUCAGAUAGAGAGGGAAGCAGGGUGAUCCCUCUCUGCUGUGAUAGCCCGAAUUAGAGUUGAGGUACGGUACAUGACACAGAUCUGACCGUGUUCCCUGUAGCAUCUGUAACCUAAAGUAGGUCUUUUCUCCUGUCGCUGACCCAAUACACUGAUUCUUUUCCCCCCUCUGGAGUUGAUUCUUGAAAUAAUUGGAAAAAGCACCACUUUUCAGGUCAGUGUCUGUGCCGUGGCUGUGUCAGGAACAUAAAUCAGGAAAUAAAGAGCUGUGUCGGUUGGGAGCAUUUUGGGAAACGUGGUCCUUCAUUGUGGCUUUUUUGAAAAAACAGGUGACAGUAAGAUGUCCAGGGAGCUGCGUGUUUUCUCAGGUGAAAUCUGCAUGUGUGCUUCAGUCCUCUGAUAACAGGGGCAGAAGUCAAAUGAAGCUGACUUCCGUGGUGACCUUAUGUCACAACUUAAAGUGAACUGAUUUCUUUUUAGCAUAGUUUUUUAUUUAUUUAUUUUUAUUCCAGGCCCUAAAUAUCCCUGCACUAAAAUCAUUUUUGUUCUAUUUUGCUGUUAGUGGAUUCCAGGUUCCUCUCUCACCCAGGACUAUUUAUAUACUGUUGUGUCUCACACAGUAUGUGCGCUGAGGCACAUUUCAGUAAAGCCACAAACAUCCAAUUACCGAUGCCCUGAAAACUUGUUAUCAGGCGUGUGCGACUGCUCAAAGCAGCAGACACAACAACAACAACUGGUGUUUACCACAAUUAGCAUUUUCCUGGAUAGAAAAAGAGGCACAUUAAACUCAUUAAAUACUACUUUUUUUAUGUCAGAGGGAGAAUAUCUGUACAGCAUCUCUAUCCCUUACAUGCAGUCAAAGGAAUAGUUUGACAUUUUGGGAAAUACAAUUUUUCUUGCCAGGGUGAGAAGAUAUAAGGCUACAGCCAAAGACUGGAAACUGCUAGCCAGCUAGUCUCGACAACGUCAAACUAUGUUCCUCAUUGCUGAGCUAAAGUUAACGCAAAAUCAGAAAAUGUGUGGUAGUCUGGCAGGGGAAACCAACCUAGGCAGCUGUAACACAAGAUAAUCUGUGCCAGAGAAAAGGAGAUCACAGCUCUUGUGGCUUGAAAAAUACUUUAAUACCACUCUCAUCCCAACCUGUUUCUGUCCAGUUGCUAUGGCUGCAGCUUUGUGUCGCUCUGAGGUAAUGGAGAAUAGCUUUCUGCAGCAGGGACAGAAAGAGCUUUGAGGAACAAAUACAUCCUGAUCAAAACACUGCCAGGCCAGGCUGUUGGCAUCAUGACAUCGGCUGCGCCUGUAGCCAGCGCACAGUGGAGUUUGAGGUGGAGGUGAGGACAGCCGCAGGCAGCUCUUCCCUCAUCAGUUCACUGGUCUGCAUUGAACAGAAACGGCUCUUUAGCAGCAGUCACUGAGCUGCAAGCUGCACAUAUCAGACUGUCUCUGUGGAUUGUAACGCUAACACUCAUACCGCUGUCAGCUAUUGUGCUAGUACUCUGCAAUCACUACUGCAACACACUGCACUUAUUAAGGAGACUAGUGAAUAUAUGUCUGCAGUAACAGCAAACUUGCCGGUGGCUCACUUGAAACAGAUACUGUAGGAGAAGAAAAAAAAAAAAGAGUAGCGCAGGGAUUUAGAGAGUUCAGUGUUUCAGUUUGGAUGGGUGAAAUCUUUCCACGUGGGCGAUUUCCUGCUGUCUGGAUCUGUCAUCGUCUAGUCCCCGGCUUUAAUGUCUCAUUAUUCAGUAGGACUACCUUUUGAACAAGGUAGUACAUGUGUAGUUACCACAUUGAAACAUCUGUAUGAUAUGUGAUUUGACUCUUUGUAUCUUAUGCUAUUGUAAAAAUAAAAGCUUCAUGAAACACGA